AUGAAUUUUCUCCUCCCACUGUUUAAAUUCCCCCGCUUCAGUUUAUGCCACGGGGCACGCACUGAGGCUUUUCCUCGCCCCCGGCUCCGAUGCUCCAUUUCUCUGCCUGCCCUCGUCGGCUCCCUGGGCUGCUCACUCCGGGGAGAAGCCCUCUGCUUAGCUCUCUCUUCCGUCUCCACAGGGACCUGUCCGCUCACAACUGCAUCCAGGACAGCAUGGCCACUGAAGAGCUGAACGGAGUGGCCCGUGGCCCCAACAAGGUGCUCACUCUCGACACCAUGAACCAACAGAUCAAGAAGGUGGAAUAUGCAGUGAGGGGCCCUAUUGUCCUCCGGGCCAUGGAGAUCGAAAAGGAGCUGCAACAGGGCAUGAGCAAACCCUUCUCUGAGGUUAUCAAAGCAAAUAUCGGAGAUGCACACGCCAUGGGACAGAAGCCAAUCACCUUCAUCCGACAGGUUCUAGCUAUCUGUACAUAUCCAAACCUUAUCUGUGACCACAGUGUGCCUGAAGAUGCCAAAAGCAGAGCAAAGAGAAUUUUAGAUGCAUGUGGAGGAAAGACGAUUGGUGCCUACACGGCUAGUCAGGGUCUGGAGUGUGUUCGACAGAAUGUGGCUAAAUACAUAGAGACUCGAGAUGGAGGUAUCCCUGCAGACCCAAACAACAUCUUCCUCUCAACUGGAGCCAGUGAUGCCAUUGUGACCAUCCUGAAACUCCUAGUGUCUGGCGAGGGCAAAUCAAGGACUGGAGUAAUGAUCCCGAUCCCACAAUACCCACUCUAUUCAGCAGCUAUUGCAGAGCUCAAUGGAGUCCAGGUCAAUUACUACCUUGAUGAAGAGAACUGCUGGGCUCUGAACAUCAGUGAGCUCCGACGGGCACUCAAUGAAGCCAGAAGCCACUGCAACCCAAAAGUACUUUGUACCAUUAACCCUGGAAACCCCACAGGCCAGGUCCAGAACCGGCAGGUUAUAGAAGAUGUGAUUCGAUUCGCUGCUGAAGAGGGGCUUUUCUUGAUGGCGGACGAGGUCUAUCAGGACAAUGUCUACGCGGAGGGCUGUCAGUUCCAUUCCUUUAAGAAAGUUCUCUUUGAGAUGGGUCCUGAGUAUUCCAACAAUGUGGAAUUGGCUUCAUUCCACUCGAUCUCCAAGGGUUAUAUGGGAGAGUGUGGUUUCCGGGGGGGCUACAUGGAACUCAUCAACCUGGACCCUGAGGUCAGGAUGCAGUUGAUCAAACUGGUCUCUGUGCGUCUCUGCCCCCCAACGUCGGGGCAGGCAGUGUUGGGAGUGAUCACAGACCCUCCUCGACCUGAAGAACCCUCGUACGAGAAGUUCAUGAAAGAGAAGCGAAACGUGCUGAACUGUUUGGCAGAGAGGGCGCGUCUGACAGAGGAAAUAUUCAGUGACACUCCUGGAAUCCGGUGUAACCCAGUGCAAGGAGCGAUGUACUCCUUUCCCAGGAUUGAUAUCCCACCCAAAGCCAUUGAGGCAGCUGAGGCUGCAGGUCAGACCCCCGAUAUGUUCUUCUGUAUGAAGCUGCUGGAGGAGACUGGCAUCUGUGUCGUUCCAGGGAGUGGCUUUGGACAGAAAGAAGGCACUCAUCAUUUCAGGAUGACCAUCCUACCCAAGACUGAGAAGCUGAAGAUACUCCUAACCAAGCUGAAGAAAUUCUACCAGGAAUUUACACAGCAGUACACUUAAGCAUCUAAGCCUGCCCACUAGCUCCAUGCACUGCAGGAGUGCAUGGGACAAAGUUUUCAGGCUAUUGAAUGCAAUAGCAAUAGGGACAUGCAUAUACACAUCUCAGUGUUUAAACAAAGGGAGUGAGGGGGCAAUGGAAAUCAAUAAAGCAAGUGAUCUGGCCUGGAACCAAUCAAACAUGUCAUCAGGUGAAGGGGUAAUGAAUGGGAGGGAAAGGACAGAUGUGAUCAGCAAAACUCUCUAAGAUAGUAUCAUUUCUCUGUAACUUUAGCAAUGCAAUAAUCUUUAAAUUAGGAUGAAGUAAUUGGAACUGUCUGAUUCGCCUAUUGUCUGUACUUGAAGCUGGAGCAAUGUUCUAUGAUUCUCAGUGAGGUGAUGUCUUCCUUUAUGAACAACCUCAUGCUGGCUUUGCACAUUAAUAUCUAUAUCAGGAUCAAGGAAAUUGCUGAAUUAAAUAUUAGUCAUCAUUGAGGAUUUUCACUGGUAUUGCCCAAAGUUACCAAUUUUAGCAAUGAUGCAAACUUGGGUUAAAAGCCAGGAGGUCAGACAUGGGUAAUCCUCAGCAAGGGUGGUAGCAAAACAAUUGGCUUCAGUCCCACAGGUUUGGAGCCAUUUCAAAUCAGCCAAGAUUUCUGUUCCUAACUACUUACCAGAGAUCCCUGAGAACUAGCAGUGUGUCUGUCAAACAGGGUUGAACUGAGCGGAUGGUGGGAACCUGGUAAUAUUCCAGUAGUUCCACUGAGUGACAUUAUCGGCCAACUUUCUGAUUGUGUCUGUACUCUGAGCACAACUGACCACAAUCUCAUUAUUCAUCAAUAGAGAUAAAACUAACACUGUUAACCUUAUGUAAUUCACAAGAACAGGAAUGGAAGUAGGCCAGUUAGUGAGUAACUAUGUGGUGGCUCCCAGUUGUCAAUUAACAUUAGUGUUAUAUCAAGCACAGCUCCCUUCUCUAGCUCUGCUCCUUGAUUGGAUUGUGUGGGCUGGAAACACUCUCAUGACCUGCUCGGUGCAUAAGGUGAACAUCCUGAACUGCUGUCUUCCCCUUUAUCAGAAAGGCAAAAACAGCAUUGGAAGUUUACCUCAUGGGAGAGACACAAGGGAAAAUAAUGUAACAACUGCUCCAAACCUACCCAGACUGCAACUUUUGGGACCAAUCUGCAGUCAAACUGACUGAGGUUCACAGCCAGGGUCACAGUCUGCAUCACAUGGAGGUCUAGGAUAACAUCCUUGGUCAGGGUCAUGGCCCAAGUCAGAGGUCAUGGUCUGGAAUCACAUCCAUAUGGGAGAGCUGGUCUUAUGAUGAAUUCCACUUGGAGUAAGGAGGAUGUUGAUUGGCUAUGAGACAUGCUCUGACCCCUGAAUAAACCAGUCGAUUAAUCCUGAA